AUGAAGGUCACUGCUCUCCUCUGCACUCUUAUGGCUGCCGCCACCGUCAGUGCUUCAGCAUUCACCGACCCAAAGAUUCUGGACGUCUGCGGUGCCGGCUAUGGUGGCGACCAAAGGCGUACAAACAGCGGUUGCCAGGCCUCAAACGGAGACAGACACUUCUGCGGUUGUGACAGAACCGGCGUCGUUCAGUGCAAGGGUGGAAAGUGGACGGAGAUUCAAGAUUGCCACAGUGGCACUUGCCACGGUACCAACGAUGGUGGAGCCGUCUGCUAG